GGUAACUUUCUAAAUUUUGCAACACUGUAAACACUUUGGUAAAGUAAACUUGAUUGUCAUUGUUGUAAAUUCUUUUUAGUUUAUUUAUUACUAUAAUUAUUGCAUAUUUUUUCACACCGAUUUUGAUUUUUAAACAUUUCGCUCUUCAGAACAGUAUCCCAAUUAUGGAUGCAAAAGAAUUAGAUAGUUCUUCGACACAUGCGAUUGUUCAAAUGUCAGAGAAUGAUGCUCUUGGAAAAAGCAUUCGUCUCGUCCCCUGUUUAUGGAUCGCAAAAACCGAUGACAAGUGGGUAUGUUUAUACCCACAAAAAAAAGAUAGCUCUCAAGUGGAAACUAUGGUCAAAGAAAGUGUUCCACCACGCGCCGAUUUUGACCGUUACGAUAUUAAAAUUGUAAAGGAAGCAAAAAGUUUUGAAGAAGGCGAAAGGAAAUUAAAUCGUAUUUUUGAUAUUGACAAUGCCGAAACAUCUUCAGAUUAUUUUGCCAAUGAAAAUAAUUCAAGAAAAAGGUUUCGUAAUUCUGAAUACGAAGAAUCGAAUGAACCAUUUUACGGUGAAGACAACUCGGUAUAUAAUCUUAAUAGUCCGAUGAGGAUUACACCAGACUUUUCAUCAACUAAAGAAACAGCAGAGAAAACUGAUAACAAUGCAACUGAUUCUUGGGAAGAAUUUUUGGAUAAAAAACUGCAAGCAAUUGAGGCGAGAAUAAUAACGAAACUUGAAUCAGUGAAGCGGAGUAUUUCCCACGAGAUUAAUAAGAAGACAGAGGAUAUUUUGAAUCAUUUGACAUCAAAUACUGAAGCUUCUAUUUUGGAAAAUAAUGAUACAAAUAAUGCAAUUGGAAUUAAAUUUCCCAUUGAAAAUAUGGAACAAUUUGUCAAAUUAUCGCAAACUAUUUCUCAAGACAGUGAAAAGGAGAAGCAUAUGAAAGUGUUUUUGUAUAGAGCACAAAGAGGUUGCAGUAAUUUAAAGGGAAGUCUUUCGAAAAUGCUGUCAUCGACAAUGACAAAAGCUAUACAAUUAAAAUUUAGUGGCCAGGGUCGAAAAGUUAAAGGAAAAGGAAAGGAGAAUUUCAGUGCGACACCUCUCUUUCAUUGCAUUGACGACGUGUUGAGUAAUGUUUUUCCGGAAGUUGGAAAGUCGGAAAUUCUUUCGGCAACAACAAGAUGGUUCUCCGGAGCUGCCGACAGAGAAGGCGGUAAAAAAUUGAGAUCCAUGGAUUCGCAAAUUCUUCCAAAAUCCGAACAAAUCGAUGAUCCCUUGGCAGUCGCUUGGGCAUUCACUUAAGAUUAUUAAUUAAUAUUAUAUGUAUAACACGUUGUAUAUAAUUUAAUAAAGUUUAUUAUUGAACAGAA